AUGGCGAUGUGGGUUUUUGGAUACGGAUCUCUAAUAUGGAAAGCAGGCUUCCAUUUUGAUGAUUGCCUUGUCGGUUUCAUCAAAGACUACCGCCGUGUCUUCUAUCAAGGGAGCACUGAUCACAGAGGGACUCCAGAGUACCCGGGAAGAACAGUCACAUUGGAGCCUGCAGAGGGGGAGGUUUGCUGGGGUGUUGCCUACAAGAUUAUCCGGAAGGAAGAUCAGGAGGCUGCAUUGGAGUAUCUUGAAGUGAGGGAAAAGCAGUACGACAUGAAGGCUUAUCUCAACUUUUUCACUGAGCCCACUGCUACAACACCCGCAGUUUCCAAUGUAUUGGUAUACAUAGCAUCUGCAGACAAGAAGCUGAACAAGAACUACUUGGGACCUGCUUCAUUUGAAGAAAUUGCUGAUCAGAUUGUUCAUGCUGAAGGCCCCUCAGGACCAAACCGAGAUUACCUUUUUAAACUGGAAACUGCACUUAUACAAAUAGGAUGUGAAGACAAACAUGUCAACGAUCUUGCCGAUGAAGUGAGGAUGCUAUUAAAAGAGGAAAUGGCCACUUGA